AGAGAUGCCAAAGGCCAGUACCUGUUUGAUCUCCUUUGCCACCACCUGAACCUACUUGAGAAAGACUACUUUGGGAUUCGUUUUGUGGACCCGGAUAAGCAGCGGCAUUGGCUGGAGUUUACAAAGUCAGUGGUAAAGCAGCUAAGAUCCCAGCCGCCAUUCACCAUGUGCUUCCGUGUGAAGUUUUACCCUGCUGACCCCGCUGCCCUGAAAGAGGAAAUAACCAGGUACUUAGUCUUCCUGCAGAUCAAAAGGGAUCUCUACCACGGCCGUCUUCUCUGUAAAACAUCGGAUGCCGCCUUGUUAGCAGCCUAUAUCCUUCAAGCGGAGAUUGGGGAUUAUGACCCGGGAAAACACCCUGAAGGCUACAGCUCCAAGUUCCAAUUUUUCCCGAAACAUUCAGAGAAACUGGAAAAGAAAAUUGCAGAGAUUCACAAGACCGAACUCAGUGGUCAAACACCAGCAACUUCGGAGCUGAAUUUCUUAAGAAAGGCCCAGACAUUAGAGACCUAUGGAGUGGACCCUCACCCGUGUAAGGAUGUGUCAGGAAAUGCUGCGUUUCUGGCCUUCACUCCUUUCGGGUUUGUUGUUCUUCAAGGAAACAAGAGGGUCCACUUCAUUAAAUGGAAUGAGGUGACCAAGCUGAAAUUUGAAGGAAAGACUUUCUAUUUAUAUGUAAGUCAGAAAGAGGAAAAAAAGAUUAUUCUCACAUAUUUUGCUCCAACUCCAGAAGCCUGCAAGCACCUCUGGAAAUGUGGGAUUGAGAACCAAGCCUUCUACAAGCUGGAGAAGUCAAGCCAAGUCCGCACAGUGUCCAGCAGCAAUUUAUUCUUCAAAGGGAGCCGGUUCCGAUACAGUGGCCGGGUUGCAAAGGAGGUAAUGGAGUCAAGUGCCAAGAUCAAACGGGAGCCGCCAGAAAUACACAGAGCAGGGAUGGUCCCUAGCAGAAGCUGUCCUUCUAUAACCCAUGGCCCACGACUGAGCAGCGUCCCCAGGACACGAAGAAGAGCUGUGCACAUCUCAAUCAUGGAAGGCCUCGAGUCCUUACGAGACAGCGCCCAUUCCACACCAGUGCGGUCCUCUUCCCAUGGGGACACCUUCUUGCCUCACGUGAGAAGCAGCCGGGCAGACAGCAAUGAGCGUGUAGCUGUGAUCGCGGAUGAAGCCUACAGCCCUGCAGACAGCGUGCUGCCUACCCCUGUAGCGGAGCACAGCCUGGAGCUGAUGCUGCUGUCGCGGCAGAUCAACGGAGCCACGUGUAGCAUUGAGGAGGAGAAGGAGUCAGAGGCCAGCACCCCGACUGCAGCAGAGGCGGAGGCCCUGGGAGGAGAGCUGAGGGCCCUGUGUCAGGGGCACGGCGGGUCAGAGCAAGAACAGGUGAAUAAGUUUGUUUUAAGUGUUCUCCGUUUGCUCCUUGUGACCAUGGGACUCCUCUUUGUUUUGCUCCUCCUCCUGAUCAUCCUUACUGAGUCUGACCUUGACGUUGCUUUUUUCCGAGAUAUCCGCCAGACCCCUGAGUUUGAACAAUUCCACUAUCAAUACUUUUGUCCCCUCAGGCGAUGGUUUGCCUGCAAAAUCCGCUCAGUGGUGAGCCUGCUCAUUGACACCUGAGAAGGCAGGACUCCUCCCAAUAACUAGCCAGGUGGACCAAGGAACCCGGCUACCUAUUCCCAGCAAUGGGACCCAUCGUGGAACCAUCGGCACACACACCAAGUUCUCUCAUGACUCAAAGUCCACUGCAGCCUAGGAGGGUUGUUUCCCAGAAGAAGAAAGGAUAUAGGCUAAUGCUCUGUAAACUGGGAAAAUUCAAUUUCUUCAGAGGCUCUUCCAAGAAAGGCUCAGCAACUCAAUGUUUCUCAUCCUUCAAUAUGCAGGAUAAUUUUUGGUUUCAAACUUUAAUUUUUCAUAGAUGUGUAUUAUUUUGAAAUUAUCCAAAUAAAAGUCAUUUAUUUUACUAUACUGAUUAUUGCAGUAGUGUCACCCAGUAGAUGGGACACUAGCUGAAGACUCAGACUGUUGUCCUCUGUACCCUGCAAUUUUCUCACUGGUGCCAGUGGGUUCCGGGAGACCCAGCAGGGCAGGCCAGGGCUGUGGACAGGCAGGAAGGAAUGGCUUCCUUGCCAGAGAGAAAGGUUUAACAAAGUAAACUGUGUAGAAUGAUUAAAUAGAAAGUUGCUUCUUACGACAGUCUGAGUUGGAUUUUCUUUUCCUUUUGUUUUUUCAAAUCUGAGCAGAGUGGGCAUCUGAAGGGACCACCACUGCAGCAGCAGCAGCAGAAGGGGUGGGGUAAGUCUGUUGUUCCCUUAGACUAGAGCCUAGUGGGCAUCUGAGUUCUAUUUAAUUUUUUUUCUGAAGAACCUCAAGACUUCUAGUACUUCUGGGGUGUUAAAGUGGCGCCAGAGUAUGCUGUCAAAUGUCCGAUGGCAGUUCCGAGAGCCUUGUGCUGUCACCCACGAGCCCACGGGGCUGCAGGCAGCCCUGCUUGUCGUGCACAGUGUGCCCCCUCCAAAAAAAAGACUAUUUCAAGCUCUAUUUUAACAGCAAAAUGUUAUUUUCCUAUCUAUUCAUAUUUUGUUUUUACUUUAUGAAUUAAAAGAUGCAAGAUCUGAGGAAGGCGUCGGGAAGCAGCAGCAGCUUUGGAAGGGACCAGCAAACACUGAGCAGAAUCUCUAAGCAAUGCCUACGGGCCACAGAAUUUGACCGUGGCGGAGACUAACACUUACUGUAGGAGUGCCACCCUUAGAGUCAACCUCUGCUCCUGGAAACAAGGUCAAGGAGUACU